CAUUUCGUUCUUGUUGCGAAUCAGUUGCGAUUUUGUGAGUUCCACUGAAAAAAAUCGAAAGAAAAUGAGUCGCCAUCCCGGUACUGACUACAAAAAUCGUAACGAGCCACAAGUUGAAUUAGAGAGUCAAUUUAUUUUGCGGUUACCGCUGGAACCCGCCAGAGUACUGAGGGAGGCGUUACGGAACAACUUGCCCUUAAAAGAUAGAUUAAGUAUAAAAUUGGAGAACGAUAUGCGUUAUGGUGAGGUUAGGGUUGAUCACUGGUUACUCCAUGCUAAGGUUGUGGAUUUGCCAACAAUAGUAGAAUCCUUAAAAACUAUCGAUAACAAAAGCUUUUAUAAGACUGCCGACUUAUGCCAGAUGGUAAUUUGUAAAGAAGAAGAUGAUCACACUGCAACAGACGAGGAGUCUCCUGUUAAACAGAAGAAAAAGGAUCCAAACAAAGUUGAUAAAAAGUUCCUUUGGCCUCACGGUAUUACGCCGCCUACUAAAAACGUUAGGCGUAGAAGAUUUAGGAAAACCUUAAAGAAGAAAUACGUAGAGGCGCCGGAGAUCGAGAAGGAAGUUAAACGUUUGUUGCGAGUGGAUAAUGAUGCCGUUAAUGUUAAGUGGGAAGUGAUAUGCGAAGAUGAGGAUACGUCGAAACCCAGUAAGGUGUCAUCGUCUGGUACGGUUAAGACUAAACGGGACAGCAUAAAUGGAAACACGUCUCAAAGUCUGGAUGUUGCUGAACACGAUAUAUUUGGUGAGCCUGUGAGCGACAGCGAGGACGACGACGAAGAGGCGAACAUAAACGUGAUGGAGCUAGAUGAGAAUAGUCGUCUUUCGGCGGACAGUAGAGUUUCAGAUUCUAAUUCUAUGCAAGCUGCAUAUUCCGAAAGAUCAAGUAACAACGCGACAACGAGCAGCGGAUUAGUUACAGAGUUCAGUAAAGAUAUGUUCCAAAAUGAUAACAACGGCGAUAUGGAAAUUGAAAAGCAGGAUGAGAGUACCUCACAAAAAGUUCCAAAAAUGGAGCAAUUCCAGUCGGAAUAUAUGAUUCCAGAUAAUUACACUGAAGCGAUAAUUACACCCACAUCGAUAUCUGCAUCUAAAGAUUCGCGUCUCGCUACUCUUCACGCGGAAUUGGCGGAAUUGCGACAAAGAAGACAACAACAGGAGAUCGAAAUAGCCAACAUAGAAAACGUCAAGCUGAGGCAACGGUUCCAGGAGAUCCUGGAUAAUUUGUUGACUCAAGAGAUGCAGAAAGUACAAGAGAUACAAGAUCUGGAAAUGGAAUUUUAUAUACUAUAUAUCAUGGUGCAGCAGCGGCUUCCUAGUUUCGAUAUUUUUUAUACAGGUGGUCGAAGUGGGCGGCGAUUUAUAUUAACACUCUCUGCUGGAAUGGUUUUCGGCUUUUUAUCGGCAUGUCUGCUCAUUUCAUCUACGAGAGAUGUACCGCAUAUGUUCAGUUGGGUGCCAGGUGGUUCUAGCCUUUCUAGAGAUCCUCAUCAUUAUUCGGAACUGGAAUCUGAGAUUGGCCCCGAAACCGAGGUAAAAUUUCAUGGUGAUGAUGAGGAUUUCCACAAAGGAGAGGAUAAAAUAGCUCAGGAUAUGGCGAAAAAAGUGCGUGUUCUUUGCUGGAUUAUGACUGGUCCAAAAAACCAUCAGAGCAAAGCUCGUCACGUGAAAGCGACAUGGGGAAAACGUUGCAACGUACUUCUUUUCAUGAGUUCUGCGGCAGACGCUAGCUUGCCGACUGUAGUGUUGCCAGUAAAAGAGGGUAGAGAUAAUCUAUGGGCCAAAACCAAAGAAGCGUUUAGAUACGCUUAUGAAAAGUACAAAGACAAAGUAGAUUGGUUCAUGAAAGCUGACGACGAUACAUAUGUGAUAGUGGAGAAUCUGAGAUACAUGUUGUCGUCGUACAAUCCAAAUUCCUCAUUAUAUUUCGGAUGCAGAUUUAAACCUUUCGUGAAGCAAGGUUACAUGAGCGGUGGCGCGGGAUAUGUACUUAGUAAGGAAGGCUUGCGCAAGUUUGUGGAAGAGGGAUUACCCGAUAAGACCAAGUGCCGGCCAGAUAACGGCGGCGCGGAGGAUGUUGAAAUGGGAAAAUGUCUCGAAAAGGUUGGCGUACGCGCGAUGGAUACCAGAGACCCUCACGGACGCGGUAGAUUCUUUCCAUUCGUGCCGGAACACCACUUGAUACCAAAUCACGUAGAUAAAAAUUUCUGGUAUUGGAAGUAUAUUUAUUAUGAUACCAAGGAUGGAUUAAAUUGCUGUUCAGACAGUGCCGUUUCAUUCCACUAUGUGUCACCGAACAUGAUGUACGUUCUGGAGUAUCUGAUUUAUCAUUUGAGGCCAUAUGGCAUUAAUCACAGUCUGGAGAGGUUUUCUCCAGAUCGACCGUCGACGUUGACCGAAUACUAGUCCGUAUACUGUCGUAAAUAGACUGUAAGGUUCAAUUAUUGUUUUGUACAUGAUACUAGUCCAUUCGAGCCAACGAUACAAUUAUAAUUCUCAGCGGAUGAAAAGUGUGAUAUAUCGUACUUCUUAAAUAUACGAAGUCUUUACACGUAUCUAUGUUAAACUCGUCAUGGCCAUAAUGGAUAUAGCUGUAGUUUGGAAUAGAAAAAAUAGGGAGAUACUGCAAGCACAAUAGAUACAUGUCGUGAUCAUUUAGAAUUUCAUCAGUUUUUACAAUACUAAGUCACGUGUUUAUUUUGUAAGACGAGAUGUGAUAAUAACUUCUUAAGCGUCUAAACUCCUAAAUAAAACGUAUAACCUGCAGAACGAA